AUGUCGAUCUCCGUCAAGGACCUCGACCCCGCGUUCCAGGGACUCAGCAACAAACCAGGACUGGACGUGUGGCGUCUGGAUGCGGGUCAAGUGGUAGCGGUUCCCAAGGCCGACCAUGGCAAGUUCUUCACCAAGGACGCCUAUAUCGUGCUCAAGACAUCUGGAUCGAAGCACGGCGGCGCGGUCACGUACGCCAUUCACUACUGGCUGGGGAAGUCGACGACUCAGGACGACGCGGCGAUGGCGGCGAUCAAGACGGUGGAUCUGGACGCGGCGCUGGGCGGCAAGGCGGCGCAGUACCGCGAGACGCAGGGCCACGAGUCGGACCUGCUGCUCUCCUACUUCCGCCCCUGCAUCAUCGCCACUCCCGGCUCCUGGGGCCACCCCGACCCCGAGGCGUCUCAGCCGCGCCUGCUGCAAGUCAAGGGCCGCCGAUUCAUCCACGUCAGACAGGUGGCGGUGGCGCGGUCGUCGCUGUCGCACUCGGAGAUAUUCGUGCUGGACACGCGCAGCAAGCUGUUCCAGUUCACGGGCGCCAACGCCAGCAAGCAGGAGCGCGUCAAGGGCAUGGAGGUCAUGCAGCUGCUCAAGGACACGCAGUACGGCGGCAACGCCCCCAUCGCCAUCAUCGACGACGGCAAGUUGGACGAUCCGGAGUCGAACGAGUUUUGGGACAUGUUUGGGGGCUUCGCGCCCAUCGCCAAGAAGAGCCAAGGGGAGGACGACGUCGAGGUCAAGCCCACACCGCCCACGCUCUACUGGGUGUCGGGCGACGGGCUGCAGGAGGUGGGGGCGGGCGCGCUGAAGAAGCUGCAGCUGGAGGGCAACAAGUGCUACCUGGUGGACAUGGGCCCCACCGUCUUCGUCUGGUUCGGCCGCAUCUCCUCCCUCGACGAGCGCCGCGCCGCCUGCAUCGCCGCUGAGACGCAGCUGGUGGUGGGCAAGAAGCCCCCCUCGGUGCGAGUGGUGCGCAUGCCGGAGCGCUUCGAGUUGCCCGCCUUCAAGGCCUGCUUCGCUGAUUGGCCCGUCGUGCCCGUGCUGGGCGGCGGGGAGGGCGGCAACAAGCUCAAAGGGAGAGCAGGGCAGGAAGGGGUAUGGAAUAAGUCAAGAGAGGAGAGGAGGGUGGUGGGGCGAGGAAUAGGUGGGGGGAUGGGCCGAAGGUUGGAGAGGGUGACGUGGCUGACUAGGAGUGAAAUGAGGGGUGGGCGGGCUGGUGGCGAGGGCAGUACGGAGAUGGUGGGUGCCCUUACCAUCCUUCCCCCUCUCUAUUAUCACCUUCCACACGCCAGUUCAACCCCCACCCCUGGCACUGAUGCUGAAGCAAAGCGGGGUGUGGUGGACAAGGCAGCCCCCAAGGGCGCAGCAGGCGGCUGUGAGGGGGCAGGAGCAUGGCUGGAGAGGCAUGCACCAGAGUGGCGUGGUGGACAAGGCGGCGCCCAAGGGCGCAGCAGGCAGCAGCGAUGA